AUGCAUCAAUAGAGAAAAAAAGAAAAAGAAAAAAUCGAAACGAAAAGUUUAUUCGUGAUAUUAGUGGUGCGUGAUGAUGUGAUUAGCAAGAACAUUUGUUUGUUUAUCGUUACGAAAGGAGGGACCGCCAGUGGCGACGGAUAUGCAGGCUACGCUAUUAAACUAUGGCGGGCAGCAUGAAUUUGGUCGAUGCAGCGUUGCCUCGCAAAGAAGCCUCGAGGAAGAUGAAUGUGAUUCAAGCGAAGAACUUAUAGGAAAUACUUCUGGUGGGGGCCAGUUCGAGUCGCAGACUGUGGGACUCCAACCAAAACUGGCCCCGAUCAGUGGUAUCUCUAUGGAGCCUACCACUGUUUUCAGACUUCACUUUCUCGGAUCAGUUGAAAUUGAAGAGGAAGGGAGACGUAAGCGCCUUAACAACCACAUAGUGCGGGAGGCUGUGACUAAGAUCAAGGCAUUGGCACCGGAUGGCGAAACACAACCAAGUACAGAAGUUGACUUAUUCAUCUCAACAGAAAAAAUAAUGGUUUUAAAUACGGAUUUGAAAGAAAUCAUGAUGGACCACGCAUUAAGAACAAUAUCAUAUAUAGCAGAUAUUGGCGAUGUAGUAGUCCUAAUGGCACGAAGACGCUUUGUACCGCACGAAAUGGAAGAAGCACCAAAAAUCAACAGAACUCCAAAGAUGAUUUGUCACGUAUUUGAAAGUGAAGAGGCUCGAUUCAUUGCACAAAGUAUUGGACAAGCAUUUCAAGUAGCAUACAUGGAAUUUCUUAAAGCGAAUGGAAUAGAAGAUCAUAGUUUUGUAAAAGAAAUGGAUUAUCAGGAGGUACUCAAUUCUCAAGAAAUCUUUGGUGAUGAACUACAAAUGUUUGCCAAAAAAGAAAUGCAAAAAGAGGUUGUAGUACCUAAGGCAAAAGGUGAAAUUUUAGGUGUGGUAAUUGUCGAAUCUGGAUGGGGUUCUAUGCUACCAACUGUUGUAAUUGCAAAUCUGGCACCAGCUGGUGCGGCUGCUCGUUGUGGACAAUUAAAUAUUGGUGAUCAGAUAAUAGCUAUAAAUGGUGUUUCGUUAGUUGGCUUGCCUCUUUCUACUUGUCAAACUUACAUCAAGAACUCAAAGAAUCAGACAGUUGUCAAGUUAACUGUCGUUCCGUGCGCGCCAGUAGUUGAAGUUAAAAUCAAAAGACCUGACACCAAAUAUCAGUUAGGAUUUAGUGUACAAAACGGAGUAAUAUGUAGUCUAUUGAGAGGUGGAAUCGCUGAAAGAGGAGGUGUUCGAGUGGGUCACAGAAUUAUCGAAAUCAACAAUCAAAGUGUUGUUGCUGUACCGCAUGAGAAAAUCGUCAAUCUUCUUGCCACAUCUGUUGGCGAGGUAUGUAGAAUUUCUUUUUAAUUUACAGUAGAGUUA